CACCUGCGGAAGGUGAAGUUCCAAGCCAAGCUGGAGCACGAGUACAUCCACAACUUCAAGGUGCUGCAGGCAGCCUUCAAGAAGAUGGGAGUGGACAAAAUCAUCGCGGUGGAGAGGCUGGUGAAGGGCAAAUUCCAGGACAAUUUCGAGUUCAUCCAGUGGUUCAAGAAGUUCUUUGAUGCCAACUACGACGGGAAGGAGUACAACCCGCUGCUGGCGCGGCAGGGCCAGGACGCCGCCCCCCCGCCAAACCCAGGUGAUCACAUCUUCAACAAACCCAAGAAACCCAUUGGCACUGCAG